AUGGCAGGAACCAGAGGAAUAAGAAAAUGCGCAUUCAUUAACAGACCAAUUGCACCACAUGACAAGUCUAGUGUUGUGUACACUAUAGGAGUACUCGACGAGAACGGCAGAUACACAGGAAAAGACACAAUUCUCUCCGUGUGCGGUCAGAUCCGAAAGAGUGGAGAUGCAGACAAACUAUUAUAUGCAAAGGCAGAUGAGUUAAUUCAAUAA